GUUGCUUUAAUACACAGAUUGUGAAUAGGGCUCAGUAGGUAUAUUUUCAAAACGUGAACCAGACAUUAAACAAUUAAGUUGAAAAUCUGUUUUGACUGACACAAAUUUUGAAACAAUAGUUAAGUGUCCCGUUAGGUUUUUCGCCUUUCUCGGAGUGAAAUCUAGAAUAGAAUUUAAUGAAACCAAACUGCUCACGCCUUGAUUAUGGGAGUCUAAGAUAAUGAUGAUAGUUUUUAUGUGGUUGAUAUGUUAAUGGAAGAUAGUGAUUUAGAUGACAUUCUCAAUGAUAUUCUUCAAGAUGAUGAACCUAUAAAGAAGAAGACUCCUAUCCGGAGUUCUACAACACAACCUCAAGCUCCUACAGCACCUGGAUACAAACCUGAACCUUCUCCAGGUCCUCUAGCAACUGGACCCAACCCUGAACCUUCUCAGGUUCUUCUGACACCCGGAUCCAAACAUGAACCUUCUCCUGUUAAGAAAGAUAAUCCAAAAAAUGGAAACGCCGAGUCUGAUAAACAAAAUAAAAAGAAGUUAAUGCAAGAACUUUUCCUUGACAAGAAAGAAAAGGAAGAUUUUCCAAAGACUGAAAAAGUUAAUCUUCAAGAACCUAGGAAAACGGAACCAACCAAAUCUAUACCCAAACCAGAAGUUAAGGAGGUUCUUAAAGAAAAAGUGUCUGAAAAUUCCAAAAUGGAUUUUGACGACGACAUUCUCGGCAAGAUAGAAAAACCUCGGGUCGGAGCUUCCAAAGUUAGUUUUAUGGACGAUAUUUUCGGAAAGAAAAGCGAAAAAGAAUCAAAAUCCAGUUUUCUGGAUGAUCUUAUGAGCGGAGAAACAGGAAAAAGGCGAAGUUCUAAACCAGAAAAUGAAUUCGUCCUAGACUCCAAGUACAAAAAGAAUGAGGAUAACGCCGAACUCAACCCUCAGCCUAGAAGAAGAAGAGGAAAUCCUGAAGUUCAGACCAAGGAAACUCUGUUUAAAGAAGACAAAACUAAAGAAUCUAUCGGUGCUGCGGAGGACAAUCCUUUUCCUUGGAUGGCGAAGACGUCUGAAACCAAACCUCCUCAAGAACCACCUCAACAACAACAACAAAAUAUACCUCAACAACCACCUGGUGCCACCCAACAACCUCAACAGCCUCAAGUAAGUACCUACCAACAACCUGCAGUUGGGCAUCAACCACCAAUGCCCACCUAUCAACAACAAGCGCCUUACAACUCGGUUCCUAAUCCCUAUCUCCCGCAACCAGUGCUUCCUCAGUACCAACCGCAACUUCUUCCUACCCAGCAGUAUCAACCGCUACCUCUUCCUGAUAUAGCAGGACUAGAACGGAACCAGGCAGAAGCUUUCAAUAGAGAAAUGGAAAAUCUUAAUCAGAUGAUGCAGCAGAGGAAGGCAGAGCAGAUGGCAGGGAUGGAACGGCAGAGAGAGCAGAUGGAGAGAGCAGUGAGAGAAAUGCAAGAGCGAAAUUUCAGGCUUAGUCAGCAGCAAGCAGAGCAGGGUCAACGUAUGCUGACACGGCUGCAGCAGCAGAUGGAAGAGGAAGCGAGGAGCAAGCAGAACCUGCUCAUCAACCAAUUACAGAUCAUGACAAAGAUUAACACUGAGCUACCUGGAUACUCUCUGGAGGGUGGAGAUAUAGACGCCAUUAUUCAGAAGCUACAGGCCAAUGAUAAGGAGGAGAAGAAGGAGAGGAGUGAGAUAAAGGAGCUGGUUGAGAAGAAGGUGACUGAGAUGCAGGACAUAUUCGUGGCCAAGGAGGGAAGGAUUAUUGAAAACUAUGAACAAGUUGUUAAGGAUUUAGAGCAUAAGCUGGACAUGUCGAACGACAGGUGCAGGCAGAUGGUUGAGGACUGGAGGGAGGAGAAGGAGAAUAUGGUGAAUCAGCAUAAAAAGGAUAUCAACCUUCUCAAGGAGACCCAUACAGAAGCAAUGGAGUGCCUGAAGGAUGAGUAUAGAAGAGUUAUUGAACGGAUCCAGGGACCGAAUUUAAUGAAUUGA